AGCAGAGACAUGCAUCAUCAUGGGGACCUUUGUGGACGUGCACCCGACUUAAAAACUUUUUUUUAAAAGUCUCUCAACUUUGCAAACGCUCUGAUUUUUUCGCAUACAUGAAACAAUUAUUAACAGCGUUGCUAUGUUGAUGGCCAGGCCAUGUUUUUUCGAGUCGCCGGCGCCCAGGAAAUGUCACUGAUUAACUUUCUUGAUUUAAAGUUUAUAGGCUUGCUGUAUGUUAAAACAGCCAGCGGGAAAAACAGAAGUAAAAAAAGGGAAAAAAAACGAAACGAUUUAGUCAGUUUGUGAAGCUUGCCGAGUUUCAAGAUGUCAGAGCGGACCCCUCUCCUCCACUACCGGCUUUCCACCAGCGUCAAUGAGUCCGAACUUCGGUCACCUCCGACCGGCCAGGUGCCGGAGGAGCAUCUGGUCAGCCCCAGGCAUCGGCUCUCCCACUCGGGGCAACCAAAGAAACUGUCUACUUUUUUCGGUGUGGUCAUCCCAACCUUGCUGUCAAUGUUCAGCGUGGUUCUAUUUCUAAGAAUCGGCUUUUUGGUUGGCCAGUCUGGACUGUACCAAGGAAUUGCGAUGUUCAUUGUGGCUUACUUCAUUAUCUCCAUGACCGUUCUGUCAGUAUGUGCUAUCUCCACGAAUGGAGCCCUAGAUGCUGGGGGAGCCUAUUACAUGAUCAGCCGAGCAUUAGGGCCAGAAUUUGGUGGUAGUAUUGGAAUCAUGUUCUUCUUGGCUAAUGUGUGUGCUUGUGCUCUUUAUGUGCUGGGUUUGGUUGAAGCCAUUAUUGCCACCUUCGGAGUGCCAGAGGAUGGGGCACUUGCCACUUCUUCAUACCAGGUUCUCCCAUCUGGCUACUGGUGGUCUCUACUUUAUGCCACAGCCAUCGCCCUUCUAUGUUUGCUUGUGUGCAUGGUCGGUGCUCACAUCUAUGCCAAGGCCACCUUUCUCAUCUUCCUGGUGGUCAUGUUUGUCCUCGGCACAAUCUUUAUCAGCUUCUUUGCUGUACAUCCUCGCACCAUCCUUCUGCCUGGUUUUGCCAACUCCAACCCUACGGUAAAUGCAACAGGCCCCAGUACAGCAAACUUUACCGGCUUCAAGUUGGAAACUCUUCUUGGGAAUCUGUGGGCUGACUACACUGGUGAUUACACAACGGGAAACACAAUGACAUUUGCCACUGUUUUUGCUGUCAUGUUUAAUGGUUGCACCGGCAUCAUGGCGGGGUCUAAUAUGUCAGGUGACCUCAAGAAUCCAAGCUACUCUAUUCCACGUGGUACUAUUACAGCUGUCAUCUUCACCUUCAUAAUCUACAAUCUUCUCAGUGUGCUUGUGGCCUGCUCAUGUGACCGGGUGCUGCUUCAAAAGGACUACAGUUUUCUGAGAGACAUCAACAUCUGGAACCCUUUUGUCACCAUCGGAGUUUACUCCUCCACACUUUCGGCAGCCAUGAGCAACCUCAUUGGAGCUUCUCGCAUCCUCUAUGCAUUGGCUAGAGAUGACUUGUUUGGUAAAGUGUUGUUUCCUGCUAAAAGGACAUCAAACAGUGGCAACCCCUGGGUCUCUGUGCUUAUUUCCUGGUUCCUUGUGCAAUUGGUUCUGUUUUCCGGGAAGCUCAACACCAUUGCCAGUAUUGUAACCAUUUUCUUUCUCCUGGUUUAUGCUGCGGUGGACUUGGCAUGCCUCGCUUUGGAAUGGGCCUCUGCACCCAAUUUCAGACCCACUUUUCGUUACUUCACCUGGCAUACGUGCGUGUUGGGUAUCGUGGGCUGUGCCGUCAUGAUGUUUCUCAUCAACGCGAUCUACGCCUCGGCUAGCAUCGCCUUCAUGUUGCUGUUGCUUCUGCUGAUUCACUAUCUCAGUCCAACCUCCAGCUGGGGCUACAUUAGCCAGGCUCUCAUUUUCCACCAGGUGCGCAAGUAUUUACUGAUGCUGGAUGUGAGGAAGGAUCACGUCAAGUUCUGGAGGCCUCAAAUUCUGCUGAUGAUCUCCAACCCCCGCAGCAGUGUUGGCCUCAUCACCUUCAUCAAUGAUAUUAAAAAGAGUGGACUCUACGUUCUGGGGCAUGUCCAACUUGGAGAUCUCAACACAUUGCCCUCAGACCCUCUACAAUCCCAGUAUGCCUCCUGGCUAUCUCUGGUGGACCAUCUCAAUAUUAAGGCUUUCGUUAACUUAACACUGGCUGAUUCGGUGCGUCAUGGAAUCCAACACCUUCUGUUCAUCUCUGGACUGGGUGGGAUGCGUCCCAACACUCUCGUCCUGGGUUUUUACGAUGACAGUGUCCCAAAAGACAAGCUGUCCACCAGUCAGCUCACAGAUGUUUCAUGGCCCCUUCAGGACCUUGAACAGCGCCCUACUCCGUUCCACUUUGCUUCUCUUCGGUCCAGUAGCGGGGCUGCAAAUGAUGACAUGUAUGAUGGGAAGGUUUUGAGGUCUGAGGAAUAUGUAGCAAUCAUUGCAGAUGCAAUCAAGAUGCUGAAGAACGUGGUGUUGGCCCGCUAUUUUAACAGUUUUGACCGAGCACAAGCUCUGUCAGCGUCCUCCUCCUCUCCAGGGAAGAGUUUUGUGUACGUCGACGUCUGGCCAGUCAACCUACUGCGUCCGGACGGCACUAGCUAUGUGGAUACCUGCUCUCUGUUCUUGCUGCAGCUAGCUUGCAUUCUUAAUAUGGUACGAUCCUGGCGUAAAGCUACACUCCGUCUCUUCCUUUGCGUGGAGGAAGGGAGAAGUGUGAGAGGCUUGGAGGAAAAGCUAGGGCAGCUGUUAAAAGAGCUAAGAAUUAAAGCUCAAAUCUACCCUGUGCCCUGGGACCAACAGGUGGCACUACACUGGCAGCGCCAAAGUGAAUUGGAAAAGAGGCAAUCAUCACAGUCCCCUGAUGCCAUCAAGGAAGAAAAGAAGCUGAGAAAGGAUGAGGAGGAGGAUGAAGAUGAAUACGGCAACAGAUUCCCGAGCAACAGCAUGCGAUUGUCUGAUGACUACCUGUCAGCUGUAAAUCAGCUGAUCCUAGACCAAGCCCAGCCUCCACCUGCUGUGCGCUUCCUGUACUUGCCCCGCCCCCCGGCUGACACCCGUCGCUACAAUUCUUAUUUGAACCAGCUAGAACUGCUGACCCAUGACCUGGGCCCCACUUUGCUCAUUCAUGGGGUGACACCUGUCAUCACCACUGAUAUCUGAACACUCAACCUCCUGUCACAUGCAGCAACCUCUUCAAUGCUUUGUAUAUUCAAUACAGCUGCUAAAGUUGCUGUCUGUAGUUAACUUCUCAGACAACUAUUCUUCAAAAUAUGGACUGAACCAUAGUUUACAUUUUAUUUUUGACUUCAUGAACACGUUGAGGGGCCAGUCAAAGACAGUGGAUAAACUGGAUGUGGCCCACAGAAUGUACUUUGUCUAGAUCUGUCAGAGAAUAUAGUUGUCUUUAGAUUUUUUUUUUUUUUUUUUUUUUUUAAUAAAAGUGAAAAGUCAUGAUCAUAAUUGUUAAUCAUCAGGUGAAACCUGGCAUGAAGACACAGUAAUAAGGACAUCUAGAAAGAAACAAUGGAUGUAUCACCAGUGCAAAAGUGGGACUAUGCAGUGUUGUAUCUUCUCAUCAAGAUGGGCAGCCAACCCUUUCCCUCAUAUAAUUCUGUCCCACACUAGCGAGUGGUUUCCACAGACUGAGCUGAAUUUGAAGUGUCCUCUGGCUUCCCUUGUGGCCUCUUUUUUCCAGUUCGUUUUUCAGAGAGGGGUAGAGAUGGGUCGCCCUUCAAUUUUCUAAAAAAUGAUCAUUCCAUACGCCUCCAGAUCAAAAAGUGCCGAGCAUGUUAGCGAUCUAAUGUGUGGAACUAGCACAACCUGGACGAGUCUGACUGUUAAUUUUCCUAGCAGAUACACUCAUGAGUUCCUUCAAAUUUUAUCGGAUCAUGAAACUUUCUUUUCGGGGUUGGGCGGUUUGAAACUAGCAAACUGCACAGCCUACAGUCUUCACAAGCGUCGUGGUGAUUUCUACUGUAUUUAAUUGCUUGAAUUUAUACUAGGUACUUUGCAAAUUUUUGAAAUGUUUUUCCCUCAUUCGCACUGUCAGAUCACUUUAACAAUUAGGUGCCAAAAUGGAAAGUAAUUCUUAGCCUUUUAACACAAUUUUAAUUGUGUAGUGUUAUCACCAAGUGGCUACUAAAGAUAAUUUUCACAGUCUCCUUUUUGGUCUUUCUCCCUGAAAAAGAAUGCAAAUUUAAUCUUAUUUAUGCUCCAUUGAUUGUCCAAAAAGUUUUUUAUCACAUUUAAUUGAUGCUUAGUUUGGUGCUGAAACCGAAAUAUGUAUUGUCCUUGUGGAUUGAUUUCCUUCGGUUCAUUUCUAAGUACUCCUUAGUACACAAAAAUGUUAUUCAAUUCUUGAUAUAGUUGUACAUGAUAUAUAUCAUGCUUAUUAAUGAAAGUGUUUUCAUCACUGUGAUAUUUCAGGUAGGAAAGGUGCUUAGAAAAAGUGAGAUUAGAGACCUGAAAUCAAUAAUAUAUGUUUUUUUUUUUUUAAUUAUGUUAUUAUUUUUAUUUAUAUAUAUACUAGUAUAUAUAUCUUAUUCAUUUUUUGUGUGGUGUUUACUAAAAAGUUGAUGACAAAUGAUUACACCAUGAUUCCUCAAAAUUGACUUGUUUGUACUUGAUCAGAGGUGAUUGGUACUGAAGUGGCCAACAAUAAUUAAUUAUCAGAAAUAGUGACCAUUAAACUUAGACAUACAUUUCCAACAUAAACAGGGUUUAUGCGGUUCAUUAAAAAGCAUUGUCAUUGAAUGGAUUUUGUCAAAAUCCAGGCCUUAAAAAGCAUUA